UUGCAUGCUUUAGACACAGCCGAGGGGAGUUGAGAAUUACCCUUGGAAAACGAGUGAAGUGAAUGGUAGGAGGAUUGAUUUAGGCUAGAACGUUAUCAUUCUUAUCAAGGGAAUAAAAAAUGGCUCAGCAUGCUAUCAGCCUUUUACGGAAAGGGCACCUGACUUUUUGUCGAUUUAUCAAGCUUGAUUCACGGCCAAAUGCGACCCCUUAGUGCACUAUACGAAUCGCAUUGGGAACGAGCCGAUCCAAAAUACCAUAAUAUCAAUAGAUAAUUGAAUGGAUGGGAUAAACAGCCUUGGUACAUCCUACUAGAAAUCCGAUUUAAAUUCCAGCAUCAAAGCUCCACGCGUGCGAUGGGCUGUCAUCUGCCCAUUUAAAUUAAGACAAAUAUAACCUCGAAUGGAGUGGAAUAUCGGAAACGAUAUCGGCGAUCUUUAAAUCAAUAAGCUAACGGUUGCUCGAUACCAGAGUUGGAAGUUCGUUGUGUACCAACUACUCAAUGUGGGUGUAACGUUUGCGAGGUGACUGCAGGCGAUCAAUGUUCAGUGAACUGUGAUUAUGGAUGACGAACGGUCUUCGGUGAAUAACAAGUGUUAUGCUCGUUGGAAGAUGAAAAAGGAGAUAAGAUACAAAUGCUGAAUUCUAUAUCUAGACACAGUGGGUGCUUUUAAAGUUGGUGCUUAGCACUGGUGUCGGUAUCUCAAAAAUGUCCGUAGGCCCUACCACCAGUUAAAACGAGUCGCACAGAUCUAAGAAGUAGUGCCAAAUAAAAAUCACGCCAUGGCUGAAAAUGAAACAACCCGAUUGACAGCAAACCCGGAGAAAAAUGGCGCCGCAGAUACUUCCGGUAAUGGCGGCGGGAAUGGCACAAAUUCUAGCAGACGACUAAGUGGCAAGCCGCCACUGGAACGGGUUGACGAAGUCGAGCGACAGGAUAGUACAGCUGAGAAAACUGGGUGUCCGGAUUAUUUCGGCGUUAGAUCGUAUUUGCAUCAGUUCUACGAAAGAACGAGUUCCUUCAAAGACCCGAAGAUUUACGAAGAAGAGGAGGACUUUCGGUACCUCCUGAAUCCUGGUGCGAGGAAGCGGCGGUGUACAUCUAUCUGGUGGAAGAUCUUCGUCUGGAUAGGGGCGAAUCUCCUUGUCUUCGGAAUCAUUGGUAUACUCGUGAGCUUUCUGAUCCCGCAAAAAGUCACCUCACAUCCCGCCGGCGAUAAUAUUCAGAAGGUAGACAAGGCUGCGAUUUACUUCAACUACAAUUUGGAUAUCUGUAAACUUGUUAGCCUUAUUGUGUUUUGCGUUGGUGGUGUAACAUUGACCAUAUCGUUGCUGUUCCCGAGUUUCUUGCACCACUACUGCGACUAUGAAACUAAGAAGGGGGAUGAGGAGUUUAAAGUCUCACUGACAGACCCUGACCCGACGAAAAGUCCAGCUAUGUCGAGCAUCCCUGCCACCACCAAACUUAAAAACAUUCAGCCGGGUUCUAAAAAUGAGCGAGAACAUUUACUACCGCAGGGAUCGGCCGAGGGGACUGUCCGGUUCCAGGAUGACUGACAUCACUGUGAUCGUGUAAUGGCUUAAUCUCUGUCGAGUUUGAGUGGAUGUCAUGACUUGAUGUCUUGGCAAUAUUCAAAAUAAAUACCAAAAGUGAAUAGGAUGAGAUGCAUCACCUAAUUCCAUUUGGAUCCGACAUUUUUGUUGAUGAGUCGCAGAACGUUGGGAAAUUUCAUUAGAUUACGGUUGGUUUCCUUGGUUUGUAAAAAUAGACUGUCCAAGAGAGGUGUUGCGGUUACUUUAUCUGAAGGCGGUUUCCGCAGUUGGCCUUUUAUUGCCAAUGCAUUUGGAUCAACUAGAAGUCAACUUGGAUCUGUCUGUAAACGGUUGUGAUUAAAUGUAUAGAUGUUAAACUAGGCGUACUGUAGUAGCAUUAGACCAUCCUCUCCGCAAUGACCGUGAUGCAGUGCCCGGAAUACAAGGAGUGUACUGUGCCCCCAGUUAUAUGGCACGGCUUAACCCACCGGCCAUGGAUGAAUUCCUUUAUGGUUGGCGCGUUGUCUGUAGAGCUAGAAGUAACAUAUCUUGACCCUCAUAUUGAUAUUCCUCAGCUUACUGACAACCUUUGAAGAUACAGCCCGAGGUUGGUCUGAUACGACCUCUUCCAGUUUCACUCGAAAUGACGCGAUGUAUCAACGCGUUUAAUCUCCUCAAGUCUGGUGAAUUCAAGUACCCAUACAUUCGUCUAACGGUAGUGAAAACGUUUUCAUUGGAUGAAAGAUCACCUGUAUCUGAAAUUAAAAAAUUGACCCUCACUACUCCCUCACACAUGUCAACAUGGUUGAAGGAGGGUAAGAGGCAGGAGCUAGGGUCGGAAUUGGUGGUCUUGGGUGACGAACACGUACAGUUAGAGACUCUAAGUCGUGCUUUAUCCAGUAAUAUAAUCCUGGUUAAAGCGAGAAUUGUUUCGAUAUACAUGUGUCCUGCGAGAUAGGAGACCCCUACUUGAGACUUCGUGUUACUGAGUCGGACAUACCUGGCUCCUGCAUAUGAAUUCCGUGUUCAUAUUUCGGCUCUAUUACAUGUAUCACGUUGGCCAUUUGCAAUUGCUAAAUAUUUCGUCACAUUUUGAUGUCGUCUAAACGUUGUUCAUAUUGUUGAAUAAAACGUGAGACACGGUUGGUAAGUCC